AUGUUUUUAACUUCAAAAUGUCUCAUCUCACAUUUUAUCGUUCUCUUCCAAAUAUAUCGCAUUUCUUCCUUCAAAUUCCCAAAUAAUGUCAAUUUGUAUCAAAAUGGUAUUAUCGGAAAUAUACACGAAUUUAUUUUAUAUUCUGAAAAAAGACAUAAAGAAGCUAUGUUUGGUAAAAAAUUCCAUACGAAACCUAAAUCUAGCCAAGUCAGGCAUCACAGAAUAGUUGGUAGAGGAGGUGGAGUUCCGAGACUUAAUAAACGCACUAAAUUACCUGCUAAACCCAUCGUUCUUCCAUAUCGGAGAUGUAUGUUAUUGGGGAAGAUGGACAACACAAAGGCGAUGCAGAUAAGCCAUUCAGGAGUAAAAACUCGUAAGACCCAGAAGUUAAAUUUGCAUUGGAAAAAGAUCUGGCAUCCUUUAAGAAAGUACUUCAUAAGGCUUAGGAUUUCAAUGCGUGGUCUUAAAACAAUUAAAAGACUUGGAAUUGUUGAAGCCGCCAGGAGAUUUCACCUUAAUAUUGACAACCCAAAGGAUCCAGAACCAACUAAUGAAACCGUUACUACUAAUAUUACCAGAAAUAUUGAGACUGGAAUUACUGGUUCAAAACAAGACGAAGGACUCCGGGACCUGGCCGGUAAACUAUAUAGUGCAGCCAAUGACCUAUACAUUAAUGCUAGUGGUGGUGAUACUGAUUCUCCUAAAAAGGAAGCUAAAGAUCUUAAGGAUGCGGUCGGAGAUAAAGAUCAGCCUGGUGAUCCUGGUAAACCUAAGACUCUUAGGGAGGCUCUACAUCAACUUGGUACUGCUGAAAAUGAUGAUCCUGAUCUAACUGAUCUGGCCAAGGCUAUCAAGGAUAAAUACAGCAAUUUUGAUGGUAGCGGUGUGAAACAGAAAUAUAACGCUGUUGUGGCUCAAAAACAAGCAGGUAAAUAUGGUCCUGGUCAGGGGGAUACUCAAUAUACACAAGUUGAAGAGGCAUGGAAUGCUUUCAAUAAUAAGUACCAUGAUUCCAUAUCUACUGACAAGUUCAAUAUAACUGUUAUUCCUUCCAUCUUUAGUAUCUGGAAAGACUUGUCUCCAUCAACCAAAUACGUAUACCAUGGACUUAACAGAACUAAUAAUGGUUUCGGUGGCUGGACCUACUAUAAAGACCACCAAGGAAACUCGAACGACCACACAGCAGCAGCAGCAGAAGAAUGCAAAGACUCAGACCUACCAUCAGACGGAAGCAAAGGUACUCACGUUUCUGUUCAUGCUUGGAUAUGGCAUUUCUUGUUAUAUAGGUAG